AUGCAGUUUGCCAGGGAGCUCACAGAAAUGCAGAGUCAGAACAAGUACAAAGAGAGUGGGAAAAGGGGUGUUUCAAGUUGCGUUUAUUCUCAGCUACCAGAAACCAGAGAGAUCCAGUUUGCCAAAGCAAUGUCAGAACUCCAGAGCGAGAUUAAGUACAAGGAGGCAGGGAAGAAGGAGGUGUCCAGCACUCUGUACUCCCAGCUACCUGAGACCAUGGAGACCCAACAUGCCAAGGAGGUGUCUGAGAUCCAGAGCAAGACGAAGUACAAAGAAGAUGGGAAAAAGGAGACAACUAGCAGCCUUUACUCAUUACUUCCUGAGACGACAGAGACUCUGUUUGCCAGAGAGCUGUCUAAGAUCCAAAGCGAGAUCAAGUACAGAGAAGGUGGAAAGAAGGAGAUUUCCAACAGUUUAUAUUCUCAGCUCCCAGAAUCUUCAGAAACUGAGUUUGCCAAACAGCUGUGUGAAAUUCUGAGUGAGAACAAGUACAAGGAGACGGGGAAGAAACAAGCUUCCAGUGCUCUCUACUCCCACCUACCAGAGACCAAGGAGACCCAACAUGCCAGGGCAAUGUCCCAGAUCCAGAGUGAGGUCAAGUACAAGGAAGGUGGGAAAAAAGACAUUUCCAGCUCCCUUUACUCCCAGCUUGCAGAGACCACAGAAAUGCGGCUUGCAAGAGAUCUUGCAGCCAUACAGAGCGAGAGCAAGUAUAAAAGUGGUAAAAAGGCUACGUCCAGCCUUUACGCUCACCUCCCAGAGACCGCAGAGACCAAGUUUGCCAAGGCUGCGUCAGAGAUCCAGAGCGAGGCCAAGUACAAGGAAGGUGGAAAGAAGCAGGUGUCAACAUCUCUGUUCUCUCAACUGCCGGAGACCAGGGAGACCCAGCAUGCUAAAGAGGUCUCCCAGCUGCAGAGCGAGGUCUGCAAUAUGCGUUUAAACAGUGACACAACCUGUGAUUACGAAAUACAAAGAAGACGGAAGAAGGAAUCUUUCUAG